AUGGGCGUGUCUGACGCAUCGCCCGUCGAUAGCGGCGACCCCGCCACGCACACAUUAGCGAGCAUCAUGGCUUUGCAUGACAUAGAGCAAAGCGGCCCUUUCACCGACACUUUGGCCAGGCUACCUCGUUUUAGGCUGUCCGGAAAAAGUGCAACGUCGCAAAAACCGCCCGCCAGCCAUUCCCCGGCGCGAAUACGCGAAAAACGUUUUUAUUUCGUCAACGAUUUCGCUAAACGUCGAAGCGACGGCGCGAACAGAGCUAAGGAGUGCGGGCAAAAAGAAUCUCUCACUGUCCAAACGCUCGGGGAACGCGUUCUGUGUGCGCGCGCUUCAUCGCCUACGUCUCCAACACGAGGAGAAUCU